CUUACACGCGUGCACGCUGCUCACAGAUCGUGGUCGCUACAUACAGCUGCCAGAAAACAUCUGGACUGUGGUUCCCGCACCGAUAUCACGUCCUUGCUACCUCUGGUAGACUCGCAGAACCCGCCGACUCGCUAUCGCACAACACCGACAGGGACCGUGCUACAGAGCCUUCGGAUACGCUCGUCUGCCGGACAGCCCGAGCGCGUCCACCUCUCAAUCAUAGCUCCUCGAAAGUGUAACAGCCUCCCAAUUCGUCACCAUGUACAUCGUCGACACAUCCGACCUCACGCUCGAUGUAUGGAGUCUUAUGCGCUCGUCGGCCGACCUGCUUACCAGGGGCCUGUGGUGGAUAAGUGCGCUCACAUCCGUGCAUGCCCCAGGAGCGAGGGUGCAGCAGAGCUUCAAUGCGAGUAUGGGAGUCUCUGACGGGGGGUAUUUGUUGGGACUAGGCAUUGGAGAUAUCACUGGUCCGGUGGUGGAAACGAACAUGAUGGGUUAUGCAGAUAGACAGCAGACGGACACAGGUCUGCACAUGCGCCAGCGAAGCCGCGCCUGGAUAGUCGCAGAUCCAGCCGAACCCUCCAGCCGGGUCGUCUUCAUCAACGCCGACAUCGGUAUGGGCGACACAGGCGUCCGUCGUUCGAUUAUUCACCGCCUCUCGCACGAAUUCCCCGGCCUCUACACGGGCACGAACAUCGCCCUCGUCGCGACGCACUCGCACGCAGGCGUCGGCGGCUACCUCGAGAACCUCCUUCCGCACAUCACCUCGCUCGGCUACGUCCAGCAGACCGCGGACGCCAUCGUCGAGGGCACCGUCCUCGCCGUGCGGCGCGCGCACGCGAGCCUCGCGCCCGGCAGGCUCAGGCUCGGGAACACGACGGUCGUGGGUGCGAAUAUCAACCGGUCGCCGAGUGCGUAUUUGGCGAAUCCGGAGGAGGAGAGGAGGAGGUAUGAGGCGGAUGUGGAUCAGGAGAUGACGGUGCUGAGGUUCGAGGAUGGGGAGGGCGACGCGAGGGGGUUCUUGAGCUUCUUCCCGGUUCAUGGCACGAGUCUGUAUCAGAACAACACGCUUGUCAGCGGCGACAACAAAGGGAUGGCUGCCUAUAUCUACGAAGCCUUGGUCGACCCAAACUCAAUGCCCGGACAGACGACCUUCGUCGCAGGCUUCACCCAAUCCAACGUCGGCGACACAAGUCCAAACACUCUCGGAGCAGUCUGCCAGAGCCCCGGCGAACCCUGGGACGGCCAGGCCUGCAAUUUCGAGCAUUCUACGUGCGGGAACCGGACGCAGGACUGUCGCGGUCGCGGCCCAGGCUUCCGAAUCUCGGACUUCGAGUCCAACAGGAUCAUCGCGCAGCUCCAGGUCGACGGCGCGAAGCGGGUCAUGGACCACCCUGAAGAGAUGAUGCCUGUCAGUGGGCCGGUCAAUGCGGUGCAUACAUAUGCAGAUAUGACCUUCAGGUCGUUCGAGUUGCCUGACGGAAGGACGGUACAGACGUGCCCGCCAGCGUUGGGUUACUCCUUCGCGGGAGGAACGACGGACGGCCCCGGCGCAUUCGACUUCACCCAGGGCGACAACUCGACUUCGCAAAAUCCAUUCUGGGAGUUCGUCAAGGGGGCUGUGACUCCACGCCCCCCGCCCGAGCAAGUCUCAUGUCACUACCCGAAACCGAUCCUCCUCGACACCGGCUACGCGGAGAAGCCAUACGCAUGGUCCCCAAGCACCGUCGACAUCCAGAUCCUCCGCGUAGGCAACCUCGUCAUGCUCAUCAUCCCCGGUGAAAUGACCACCAUGGCCGGGCGGCGCAUCCGGUCAGUCCGUCUGCAUACCUCUCGCCGCUCACUGACGGGGCGCCGCACUUACAGCGAAGCCGUCCGCGCGAAGCUCAUCGCAUCCGGGAUCAUCGGCGACGACGCGUACGUCGUGGUGGCGGGCCCUGCGAACACGUACGCGCACUACGUCACGACGCCGGAGGAGUACGCGGUGCAGCGGUAUGAGGGGGCGUCGACGAUCUUCGGGCCGUGGACGCUGGAUGCGUAUAUCCACGAAUACGGCAAGCUCAUAGACUACCUCACACCCGGUGUCGCGGAGAAGCCGCCGUCGGACCCUGCGCCUAUUGACCUUACCAGCAAGGUCAUCUCGUUGCAGCUUCCUGUGGUACAAGACACUGCGCCACUCGGCAAGAACUUCGGCGACGUGCUCGUCGAUGUCGAAACGAACUCACCGUAUCAUGCUGGAGACACCGUAGUCGCUCAGUUCGUCGGGGCUAAUCCACGAAACAACCUACGCCUGGAGCAGACUUUCUUGACAGUUGACAGGUGGCUGGACGAGCAGUGGGUCCCGGUAAGAUCGGACUCGCAUCCCUCCACAACGUAUCGUUGGGAGCGGACGAACGUGCCUUUUGGUAUCAGUACCGUCAAUCUCACUUGGACGAUCGAGCCAGAUACGCCUGCUGGCACAUAUCGAAUCACGUACUACGGCGACGCUAAGCACAUCCUUGGGCCCAUAACCCCCUUCAUCGGACGAUCCUCCGACUUCACCUUCGCCUGACGACUCAUCAUGCAUCAUGACUCAUCACGAUUUCUUGCUCACUUCUUAUGGACACUCGUAUAGAUCAUUCCCUACUGUAUCCUUGCGCAUCGGAUCUCUUUGUGCUCUUACUUGUACCGGAGUUGUGCCACAUAUGUUUUACAAACGGACUCGGAGCUAUUGUACCACGGCUAUCUGACACAUGUCAAUGGUGGUGGACCCACUUCUGGUGAGUAAUGUCAUUCGGACUGACUUCACAACGCUGGAUCAUAAUAUGCUC